UGUAGCUCGCCGGCUCGAGAUGGCCGCGUGGCAGCCAGUGCGUUCCCUCGGCACCACCGCCUGGCUCGCCGCCGGCAUCCUCUUCCUGGCCCUCCUGCACCUCCUCUGCUGCUCUCCCCCCGUCACCCGGGACGCGGUGUUCGCCCCGCUGCUCCAAUACGUCAACACCACCUACUACUCCUCCCUCUCAUCAUCAGGAUCAGGACGGAGCUGCGACUACUCAGAGGGGCGGUGGGUGUGGGCGCCGGGCCGCGCGCGCCGGUACAACGGCACGGCGUGCGGCGCGACGGAGGGCCAGGACUGCGUCCGCAACGGGCGCCCCGACACGGGCUACCUCGACUGGCGGUGGCAGCCGGCCGGCGGGUGCCCGCUGCCGGCGUUCGACGCCUCGGCGUUCCUCUCGGCGGUGCGCGGCAAGCACGUGGCCUUCAUCGGCGACUCCAUGGCGCGGAACCAGGCCGAGUCCCUCUUCUGCCUCCUCAGCGCGGCGUCCCCGCACCGGGUCGUGGACCGGGACCCCGAGACGUACCGGCGCCACUUCAUGCGCUGGGCGUUCCCGACGCACGACGUCACGGUGUCCGUGUACUGGGCGCCCUACCUCGCCAGGUCCGCGGGCAAGACCGUGAACUACAGCAUGCCGUACAACCUCGUGUACCUCGACGCGCCGGCAGACCGGUGGGCGGCCGACGCCGACACCAUGGACGUGGUCGUGCUCUCCGCGGGCCACUGGCUGCUUCACCCGGCCGUCUACCACAACGGGAGCGAGGUGAUCGGCGUCCACGCCCACCCAGAGCUCAACCGCACCGAGAUCGGCUACGCCUCCCCGUUCAGGCAGGCGUACCGGAUGGCGAUAGAGCGGCUGAGCUCCGGCCGGGCGCGCACAGUGGUGCUGGCCACGUACUCGCCGGCCCACUUCGAGAACAACCGCCUGGAUGAUCCCACGGCGUGCGCGAGGAAGGAGCCUUACAGGGACGGGGAGAAGGAGCUCAACAAAAUGGAUGAGGAGCUUAGGGGCAUCGUCGUCGAGGAGGCGGUGGCGGAAGCAGCUCGGAGGAGCGGCGGCGAUGUGAUGUUCGAGGUGCUGGACGUGACGAAGCUGGCGGCGAUGCGGCCGGACGGGCACCCCGGCCCGUACAUGAACCGCGACCCGUUCGCGCACGGUGUGCGGGAGAGGAUGCAGACCGACUGCUUGCAUUUCUGCCUGCCCGGGCCGGUCGACACGUUCAACGAGAUACUGCAGCAGAUUCUGAUCAAGAGGCGGUGGUGAGAUUACAGACUUAGCUCUAGCGGCACGGUGUAGGUCACUUUUGCGAUAGGAGAUACAUUUUUUGAAUAAUGGGAAUGAAUUCCGGCCUCUCCAAAAUGUACGUAGCUAAAUGAUUAUUACAAAAUAUAGCCGCUCAUUGGCUAA